AUGCCGAAGAAACCGAAAUUGAAGACAGGGCUUUACCAUCAGGAUCACGACCCGAAAAUUACAAACUUAUUCAAACAAUUAAAACCGCAACCCCAACUCGUUGGCACAGCAUUUUCACACAGGAAGAUUGGCCAAGAAGAACUUAGAAUAACUCAAAGUGAGUGGAUUCUUUUAGAAGAUUUAGUAAAGUUUUUGAGAAGCUUUCGCGAAGCCGUCGAAAUCUUGUCGUCUCAGAAAACAUGCACAAUGAAUGUUGCUCUGGUGUUCCGUUCUGAGAUUAUGGACGUAUUAAAGCUCAAUCAAGAUGAUGAUGCACUAAUAAUGUUAAGCUUAAAAAGCAACAUGAUGAAAAUAAUGAGUAAAAGAUUCCCAGUAACAAAGCCCAUUGUCGCAGCAGCACUUUUGGAUAACCGCUUUAUGAGUAUGACAGAAAUUGAUUUUUUCUAG